AGUGACUCGUUCAAUAAAAACAAAUAAAUUCGCGAUUAAACUUGGAAAAUAAUAAAAAAAUUAUAAAAUUAUUAAUAUUGCUCAACUUUUAAAACAUUAAAAAGUACUAAUGUAAUUAAAUAAUUGAAUAGCUAAAUUUUUUUCUAAAGAAAACCGAAAAUGACAUCGAAAAAGUUAAGAUUUCGGGGUGAUUUAAAUUUUCAAAAUCGCAUCGAUGACUUGUACGAUGAGGUGGAUGGUGGCGGUGCAGCAAUUGCUGGCUUCAGUCACAGACGUUCUAGUGGGAGUGUAAAUACAAAUAAUAAAGACAGCAACGAUACAGCGACAAAAGUAGCCAAAGAAUCAGAAGAGGGGGAAAAGGAAGCUCCUUCGUUUAUGGAUUUUUUCAAAUUGGAAAUGACAAGAGGCUAUCUACUUGAACACGAUGAGGAACGCUAUACGGCCAGGCGUAAAAAGAUUUAUUCAUUUAUGCGUAUACCUCGAGACCUGGAACGUUUUAUGGUUUAUGGCAUCAUGCAAUGUGCCGACUCAUUUCUGUACAUACACACAUUUUUGCCGGUACGUUUUGCUCUGGCUGUGUGGGGCAUGUUGACACGUCCUAUUGCCAGCUGUUUGGGUUUAAGGAGGCGUACACAACGUCUUUUGACACCGGCGGAAAUAUGUGACUUACUUAAGGGCACUAUAUGGAUUGCAGUUACACUUCUAAUGCUAUCGGUCGAUACGAAUCGAGUGUAUCACAUAAUUAAAUCGCAAUCUAUAAUUAAAUUAUAUCUAUUCUAUAAUAUGCUGGAAGUGGGUGAUAGAUUGUUAUCCGCUUUUGGUCAGGAUACUAUAGAUGCAUUAUUUUGGACAGCUACAGAACCGAAAAACUCGAAACGUGAACAUUUUGGUUUAAUAACACACAUCAUUUUUACAUUGAUAUAUGUGGUCUUGCAUAGUUUUCUGAUAAUGUUUCAGGCCACCACUUUAAAUGUUGCAGUAAACUCCAACAACAAAGGACUUUUAACCAUUAUGAUAUCGAACAAUUUUGUGGAACUUAAAGGAUCAGUAUUUAAAAAAUUCGAUAAGAAUAAUUUAUUUCAAUUGACUUGCAGUGAUGUACGUGAAAGAUUCCAUUUAUCCGUUUUACUUUUCAUAGUGAUGAUACAGACAAUGAAAGAGUUCGACUGGAGCUUUACACAGUUUUGUGUAAUGUUACCCGAUUGCUUUUCGGUGCUAAUAACUGAAAUUCUAAUAGAUUGGAUAAAACAUGCAUUUAUAACUAGAUUUAAUGAAUUGCCUGAAUAUAUUUAUCGUGAAUAUACAACAAGCUUGGCCUAUGACAUGACUCAAACACGACAGAAGCAUGCCUUUUCGGAUCAUUCAGAUUUGGUGGCUAGACGUAUGGGUUUUAUACCUUUUCCUCUGGCUGUGGUGCUGAUUAAAGCUAUUUACUCAGCGGUGUCAUUUAAUAAUUUAGGAGCUUGGAUAUUGUUUUUGUUGGCAUAUGGUUUUGCUUUGGGUCUGAGAAUAUGCCUUACUAUCUGUGCUUUGGGUAAAGCUUGUAAAUUAAUGAAAGAACAUCAAGAUGAGAAAUGUAAUUCAUCGACUCCAAGUUCCAUGACUAAUGUGCCACCUGUGGGUAGCAAUACAAAUACCGCCACUAUGGGUAUGCCGGGUGUGGAGAAUUUACCCAGCUCACCGCCUGUCAAUAAACAUAAUCGUUCAGAUAUGGCUACAUCACCCACACAUCCCUCUUCUGCUGAUAAUGUUGGAGGUGGUAGUAGUGUUGGAAAUUAUUCCUUGCAAAGAUCACUUACCGUGGACUUAACACCCACAGAUAUGUUAAAUAUUUCAGCCAACACUUCUACCCCUAAACAAGUAAGCAAAACUUUAUCCAAUACAUCUUGCAACAGUGCACCGGGUGUCUUGAAUAAAUCAUCACGUAACAUGUCUUCAACCUCCUCAAAUACCCCUACUUCUGGCACCAAUUUAACACACAAUGAAAUGGACUUGGAUGUAAAGAGUUCUCUGGAAUUGGGUGCCACUGCCUUAUUUUCCAAUAGUGAUGUGGAUUUAGAUGAUGUUUGUUUAAAUGAACACAUUUUAGAACCAAAUACUACUUCGUCUACAGCUGGUUUUGUAGAAGAAGCCUUAGCAAAAAGUGAACCAGACCUGCAACAAACUUCCAAUGUCACCACAACACCUACCACCAGUAGUCCUAAAUCGACAACCACUACAGGUCAAACGAUGUUGGGCAGACGUACGCACAAAAGAUCUGAGUCCGAACCAAGUAUGCAAAGCAUUGUAGGUUCUUCGGAUUCCAGUGAAUCGCAGGCGUAGUGAAAUUUGUUAAACAUAUUAAUUACUUUCUAUUUCUAAACUAUUUCAUUUCGUUCUAUUUAAUGUUUCUACAUCAUAAAGACAAUAUUUAUAUUAAAUUUUAGUUUUAUUUUCAAAUAAUUUUUCUUUUGUUUUAGUAAAAUUUGUUAAUUUUUUAUUAAACUUUAACAAAUGUUUUUAAACUUGUUUAGCUAAUGGUUGAAGUUGUCGAUAGUGUUGUUAUUAGCGUUAGUAAAGGAAAUUGGGAAUAUAAGAACUGACUUUAACGUAUCUUCUACAUCAAAGUUUACCUAAACUGGGUAUAUCCUAACUUCUACUAUAGGAAGUAUGAUGAAAAAACAGUAUAAUAAAGGAAAGAUAGGAUAUAAAUAAUUCAAUAGAGAUUUGUAGUUUAGAUUAAAUCAUCUUGAGAACAAUAAAAGAUCAAUUUACUAGACUCAGUAGACAUAUGCUUAUAUUCUUAUCUAUUAUCCCCGCCUUACCGGUAAUAUUUUCUUCAAAAAAGACAUUUUUUAUAGAUUUCUUUAAAUUCGUUUUCUGGAAAUAAUUUGGUUGAUUAAAAUUUUAUUACAUUUUAGUUUAAUGAAAGCAAAUUAAUUGAUUUCAGUCUAGAUUAAAUGAUUUAAUUAUAAAAUCAUUUUUAGAACUUUUCUAUAAGAUCUUUCAGAAAACAAUUUAAAAAUUCAAAUCGAAAGAAAAAGCUUUCAAAAUGUAAUGUAAUUAACACACAAGUUUGAAAUUGUUAGUUAGAAAUAACUUAUUACCAAUUAUUCGAACAUAAGGAAAUUCUUUUUAGAUACUUGUCAUAAUCUGUAAAUCUAGACGUCGUAAUUCCACUAUGAAACAGCUCUUCUGAAUGAUUUUUAGGUAUCGAUGUAACAAGACAUAAUAUUAUCCAAAUAAUUCUAAUUGUUUACGAACGUUUAAAGAUACAUUAAAAAUUUAAUUUGAAAUUGAAUUUAUUGUUUUAUAUUUUUAGAAACUUAAAAAUAUGGCUCAAUUAAUAAUAAACAAAAUUAUGUGUUUAAUUUUAAAUUAUUCCUUAUUUUUUCAUUACUUUCAAACAUAUUUUAAUUGAUAUACUUAACCAUUGAUUGUUCCUUUAAAUAAUUUUUUUUUAGUUUGUUACCUCUUAGCUAGAAUAUUUUAUAUUUAAAUUUAAAACUGUACUCGAUUUUUAUUCAAGCUUACUAUAAACAUACAAAUCAAAUUGCAUUGCCUUAAAAAAUUUAAAUAUAUUACAAAAAAAA